GGGUGCGGCGCGGCCGCGUCCCGGGCCCUUCUGACGCGCUCUCCUCGUCGAUGGUUUAGCCCCUGUGUCCCUCCCCCCGUCGCCCCCCUCCGCUGGCCGGGCGGUGGUUCGCUCCGGGACCGCGCUCUCCGGAAGUGUUGGGGCAGCUAGAAGCAGCCCUGGUUUCUGCCAGUUCCGAUUGGACCCGAGUCUCUACGGCAGCCGCCAGAAUCCAAUAAUCAACAUGUCUAGCAAAAGGGCAAAGACAAAGACUGCCAAGAAGCGCCCUCAGCGCGCAACCUCCAAUGUGUUUGCAAUGUUCGAUCAGUCACAGAUUCAAGAAUUCAAAGAGGCCUUCAACAUGAUUGAUCAGAACAGAGACGGCUUCAUUGACAAAGAAGACCUGCAUGAUAUGCUCGCUUCCCUUGGUAAGGAUCCCACUGAUGCAUACCUAGAUGCCAUGAUGAAUGAGGCUCCAGGCCCCAUUAACUUCACUAUGUUCCUUACAAUGUUUGGAGAAAAACUAAAUGGCACAGAUCCAGAAGAUGUAAUCAGAAAUGCUUUUGCUUGUUUUGAUGAAGAGGCAACAGGGGUCAUUCAAGAAGAUUACCUGAGAGAGUUGCUGACAACAAUGGGAGACAGGUUUACAGAUGAAGAAGUAGAUGAGCUAUACAGAGAGGCACCAAUUGACAAAAAGGGCAAUUUCAAUUACAUGGAAUUCACACGCAUCCUUAAACACGGAGCAAAAGACAAAGAUGAUUGAACAAAACUGCAGACACCUGCAGAUAACUUCUUGUUUUCACUCAUGUUUAUUUCUCAGGGUUGUUUUUUUUUUGUUUUUUUUGGGGGGGGGGGGGUUUGCUGGUAGAACCUGUUGCAUGCAUUUUAGCUUCACAGCUUUUGCCUUUCUCCAUGAAUUUAUGAAUUUCAGGCCAUUAUGGCACACUUGCACCUCUGUAAUCAAACUGGAAAUGGAGGAUUUUACUGUAGUUAAAAGUAUUUGGGGAUAAAGAUCAGUGAAUGUGAAGGCCAAGGGAAAAAGACCUAUUUCUGGAUUUUUACAUUUUUAUAAUAUCAUUUUGAAAUAAAGAUUGUUAUAUAAAUAAAAUACCUCAUUAAACCUGUUCUUGUAAAGAGGCCUUUCUAACAAUAGGUGGAAGCCUUUUCCCAAUUUGAUGGUUAGAUCAACUUUUGACAUUUUACUUCAGAAUUAAAAUGCUAAGCAGUGGGUUUACAACUUUUACAACUGUAACCUACAAGUCUUCAUUUAAAUGUUACCGUUCUUGCACUGAAGUUGGGCAGUGACAUUACAUUUUGUGUAACAUGGUGAGGAACCUCCUUUAUUUAAAACUCUGGUACAGAGCAAAGGAAUGGUUCUAGUCUUAUGAAAAAAUCCUAGAGUUGUGCCCAGUGUUAACUGUACAGCAUUUAAUAUUCUGGUAGCUUAGCUUUUUGUGGAAUAUGCUAGGCUUUUUCAAAGGGAAAAUAUUCUGUAAAUGCAAGAUUUUGGCUAGACAUGACCAGAACACCGGUUUCAUGCUCCUUACAACAUCUGCAGGAGUGAGCCUUCUGGCAAAUCUCAGACCUGUGGUGGUACUAGGUUUCUUUUUAAUUGAUGAAAAAUGUUUUCUCCUCUUGCCAUCCUCUUUCAAAAUUAAGUGUUUUGGCUUUGGGGCUGGACAGAAAGUGUGAACUUAACCUAAUGUUUCUCUCUCUCUCUGUUUUUACAAUGUUAUUUCUGCCUCUUUGGGGCAACUGGGAACAUAUACAUUUUGCUUUCAGAAUGAAAGUUGUUUAUUUUGGAAAGAGAGCUUCUGCCCACUUGCAGGGUAGGAAACUUUUAAAAUAAAUAAAUAAAUAAAAGGUACAAUUAUGGAAAAAA